CCAAGUUCCGGUCUGCGACAAAUGAGAGGACAGGUGCUGCCAAAAGCCAAAGGCAAGGAUUAUAUGAAUUGAAUUCCUGGAGACUUUAGAUCUUCUUUGGAUUCAUUCACCGACGAAAAUUCAUCCAAAGAGUUGUGAUUUCUAUGAAAGUUUUAGACCUUAAAUCAAAUGCUAGUACGCUUCUAUCAAGUCUCUCUCUCUCUCUGUAAGCUUCUGUUCUGAAUUUUGAGUUGUUUAAAUAUGAGUGUAAUAAAAAGGCAUUGCGCUUUCUGUAUUUGAUUAAUUAAUGCCACUGAACAAGGUUUUCUCAGGCCCAUCCUGAGGCCUGAGCCAUGCUUUGCUGGGAUUUUCGAGUUCAGCUCCUGUAGUGGUAGGCUUGAUUCCCAAAAGACGCGCGCAUUGUUUCAAGUGCUUUGAAGUUUGAAAUAAUCUUAUCUUUUUGAGUGAUUUAUGAGGAUUUUUUAGUUGGUUUCCUAUCGCACUUGCGGUGGUUGAGUUGAAGGCUUGAGGCCUUACAGAACAGAACCGGUGGGCUUGCAAAUUAAUUUUGGAUUAGAGCUGCAGAUACUUGUUCCAAAAUUAGAAAGAAAUUACGGGGAAGGACGAAGGGGUGACAUGCUUCUGUAGCCUCUUUUUCCAGCUUCAAUGGUAGAAAGCCCGGGCAACGGUGAUUCUGAAAACCAUGGCAAUGGAAAGUGAUGGACCCUUGAAGGCAGUGCUGGUCAGAAAUAGAGGAAGGUUGCAGAGAAGAGUUUUGAGUAUUUGAAGGCAGAACCCCCUUGACAUAGGAACAGUGUAAAGGAAAGAGAUGCCUACAGUUUGGUUUGUUCUAAAGAGAUCACUCCACUGCAAAUCAGAGCCUUCAGAUGUUCAUGACCCGAAAGCCAGGAGCCAUUUGAGCACCAUCUUGACAAGAAAAACAGGGAGGUCCGGCUGUUCAAGGUCCAUAGCAAACCUGAAAGAUGUAAUCCAUGGAAGCAAGAGACACUUGGAGAAGCCUCCGAGUUGCAGCCCGAGAUCUAUUGGAAGUAGUGAGUUUCUCAACCCAAUAACGCACGAAGUGAUUCUCAGUAAUUCAACAUGCGAGCUCAAGAUAACUGGUUUUGGGGGUUUACAUGAAGCGGCUGGUGGUGGUGACUCAACAUUUGUGGGUACGCUUAGGCCUGGGACACCUGGUCCUGGAGGGCACCAUACCAUGCACUACUACAACCCUUCAUUUAAGAGCUCAGCCACCCCUCCCAGGAAGUCUCCUGGUUUUCUCUCUGAUAGAGAAGGCUCUAUAUUUGGAGGUUCUGCUAUUUUUGGUAGCGGGGAUGGUGGUGGUAUUCCACCAAAUCCCAGGGCUUCCCAUGAUGUAGAUUCUCAUGGUUCUUCCACUGUGACUUGCCAUAAAUGUGGAGAGCAAUUUGGGAAAUGGGAAGCUGCAGAAGCCCAUCAUCUAUCCAAACAUGCUGUCACUGAACUUGUUGAAGGAGACUCAUCUAGGAAGAUUGUAGAGAUAAUUUGUCGGACAAGUUGGUUAAAGACUGAAAGCAACUGUGGGCGGAUUGAGAGGGUAUUGAAGGUCCACAAUAUGCAAAAGACCCUAGCUCGUUUUGAAGAAUACAGGGAGAUGGUGAAGAUGAAAGCCAGCAAACUCCCCAAGAAACACCCUCGUUGCCUGGCUGAUGGAAAUGAGCUUUUGAGGUUCUAUGGCACAACUGUGGCAUGCUCCCUUGGUAUGAAUGGCUCUUCCAAUCUUUGUGUGUCCGACAAAUGCAGUGUUUGUCGGAUUAUAAGACAUGGAUUUUCUACCAAGAAGGAGAUAAAGGGAGGCAUUGGUGUUUUCACGACUUCCACAAGUGGAAGAGCUUUUGAAUCGAUCGAACUUUAUGAAGAAAACCUAUCUGUGAGGAAGGCUCUAAUAGUUUGUCGAGUGAUUGCUGGGAGGGUCCAUAGACCUUUGGAGAACUUCCAAGAACUAGCAGGACAAACGGGGUUCGAUUCAUUAGCUGGGAAAGUGGGCCUUUAUUCAAAUAUUGAAGAGCUCUAUUUGCUUAACCCUAGAGCUCUUCUCCCUUGCUUUGUGGUAAUAUGCAAACCCUGAAAGAUUAAAAGAUAUUCCUUGUCUUAUAGCUUGUGAAAGUUUUGUGAAAUUCAUUUUCCUUUUUCUUCAUUACCCUAUCUCAUGGUUCAAUCUGGCUGCUUAAUUGUCAGUGCAACAACCCCUAUAACAUGGUUUGAUCUAGGUGAUUAAUUGUCUGUGCAGCUAUUUCCUUGUUCUUUUUUCUUCUUAAUUCUUUUAUAUAUAUGUAAUCGAAAGAAUGUUGAUUCCUCCUUGCCCCAACCCACAUGGUACAGAUCAGUAGGCUCCUUCUCCAUGUUGACUGUAUCUGCCACCUAGAAAUGCUUUCAUGUCUAUCCUUCAUAAUAAAAAAGAAGAAAGAUAAUCAUCUUUGUUCA